AUGCUUCUAACAUGGAUAUAUCUGUGUUUUAUUCGUGAGAGUAGAAUUUGUAAAUAUUUGGACAUGAUGUGCUGUAGUGAUAACACAUUAAUUAUGAGAUAUAAUAGAUUAUUGGUAGAAAUAAAAACAGAAACACUAUUUGAUAAUGCGGGAUUAAAAAAUAAUUUGUCAUAUAAUUUUCAUAAUAGAAAAUUAUGCAAUGUUGAAAAUGAUGUAUCAACAAUUAAUAACUUAAAAAAUAUAUCAAAAUAUAAAUCUAAAAGAUAUAAAAAAAGUUUUAUCCUACAAUAUGCAAUAAAUAUAGAUUCAGAACAAAUAUGUUAUAUAUACAAAUGCUUAAAAUCAAUUGAUUAUUCGAUUAAAGAUGUUGUAAGGGGACAUUCUGAAAAAUCCAUUAAUCAUAAUUUAAAUGAAGUUAUUACAAAUAAGACAAUAGAAAAAAUGUUACGUAAAGAUUACAUAUUAAUUAAUUCUGCUCCAUUAACUGCAAAACUCAGUACUAUACUAUUUUCUAUUUUUGAAGCUAUUAAUAAUGAUAUUGCUAUAAAAUCCAUACAUUUUGCUUUAGUUAUUAUUUUUGCGCACAAGUACAGUAAUUCAACGUAUGGAAUGAAUAAAUCAUUAGACUCAUUAUUAUUUCUUACACUAAUGAUUACUUGUUUAUCACAAAUAUUUUAUGCUAUCGGAGAAUACGUAAUUUGGAAUAAGUACGAAGACAUAAUAUUAGAGGAAAAGAGAGAUAUUAAAGAGAAAUAUGAGAAAAAAGCUCUUGAGAAAAAAGAAAUUAAAGAAAAAAAAAAGGAAGAAAAAAUAGAGAAAAAAAAACAAAAAUUAGCAAAUUUAAAAGAUUUAGACACUUAUAUGAAUGAAUAUAAUGAUAGAUAUGAUAAAAGGAUGGGAUUAGGAAAAUUGGACUGUUUAUGUGAAAAAAAGAUAUUUAAUCAAAUUGAUAAUGUAUACAAACUUGCGCAUAGUCCAAAUAAAAACAAUAGAUUAUUUAAAAAAGCAUUAUUUAAAAAGUAUGGAAUGAAAAUUUUUUUAACUAACUUUUUUUACUUAAUAGCUGCAGUAAUAGGCAUUAUACAGAUUUUAAAUAGGCAUGAAAUUAUUUUAAAAAAAUACGAAGAUACUGUUUAUCAAGAAUUAAACAAACAUCUAAUACCAAUACUAGGUGACAUAUUUGUAUAUGUCAUACCUUUUAUUCUUACAUUAGCAAUUAUUUAUAUAUUUAUAAAAAUUGAAAAAUACGAAAGGUUAAAAGCAAGGAAAGGCUACAUGAGUGCAAAGGAAUAUUAUCAUUUUUGUAAAGAUAUUUUUAAAUAA